AUGGGUCUAUCUAGACGUGAUGGUAUCAAGAAGCUACUUGAUUUGAAGGCGGGCGUCUUGGAUGUCUGCGCGGGAUACGACUUCGAUUCUCCGGAUACGGACGGUGUUCUCCCGUCUUCUGUCAAGAGCUCUGCGGCUGCAUUUGGGCACGGCAGACGCACACUCGUGUACCAGGUGAUACAUGAAAUAAGGCCUCUCUGGCUGCUCGAAAGUGCCGAGGAGUUCAAGAGUUGCUACGUUGACCUCUUGAGAGCGCAUUUCCACGCGUACGACCCUGACCGCGUACUUCAUCGGGAUAUCAGCGCGACUAGUGCCUUGGCGCGACUCAGGCCUGACGGGAAGGUCGCUGGCCUUCUAAACGACUGGGACCUCACUUGCGCAGUCGAAGGAGAGGGACUCGGCCAGCAGUUGGCGCCUCAGCUUCGCAGUGGGUCUACCAUUUUUAUGGCAAUUGAUCUGCAGCGCCGGGCGGGCGGAAAAUAUGCCGUCACAAACCACCGCUACUGUCAUGAUCUCGAGUCCUUCUUCUGGCUCUUGGUAUGGGCCGUGCUGCAUUUCGACCUCAACAACAAACGUCACCUCGACUGCAACAUGUCUGCAGAUUGGAACGGAGGCUGGGCAGAAUCGAGUUUUUUCAAGGUUGACCUUCUCGACAGCGGGUAUACCAUGGACGGAGUAUUGCAGAACACGCUGAAUAUCUGGCAAGACGUUGUCGAGUGCUGGGUUAAACCGCUUGCGUGCUUGCUUGAUACUGCGCGCCAGAGCUCAACGAAAUGGGUCGAUAAGAGGAGGAAGGUCUUCGAUGUCAACGCCUAUGCAAAUGAGCUCACCUUUGAGGCCUUCGUGCAGACGAUUGAGCAGUUGCCAAGGACGCGAGCGCUCGAGGAGGCUUAG